AUGUUUAACCAGGAGGCUGAGCUUAUCAACCAGGGUCCCCAUUUCUCCUUCUCCCAGGAAGACUUCCUGACUCCCAUCCUGCCGUCCCUCACAGAAACUGACACUGUGCUCUUCAUUUUCACCCUGGAUGACAACCUGACAGAGGUGCAGACACUGGUGGAGCAGGUGAAAGAGAAGACCUCCAACAUCCAACAUCCAGGCCUUGGCACACAGCACUGUGGGGCAGUCCCUGUCAGUGAGGGGCCAGCAUUGA